GAAGAAUCAAGCCCCGCAGGCUACAGACAGGGCAGCUAUAUAUAACCCGCUUGCUCACUCCGGCUCUCCGCGCAUCGCUCGGGUUAUGCAACCCCCAUCGCGCCAGUAGCCACCGGCGCGCCCCACGGCUCCGCCCGCCCCGUUGGGGCAUUUCCCCCGGGACUUCGGUGCAGCCACCCGCCCGGAGGGACCGGCACCGGGGCUGGUCCCGGGACUGGUACCGGGGCCGGGCCGGGCCCGGCGGGGCGGGCGCGCCGCCUCGCCCCGCGCCGAUGCGGAGGAAGGGCCCGGGGAACGCCGCGGCGCUCCGAGGGGCCGGUGCCGGGCGUCGCCGCCGCCGCCGAGCAAGCAGGGAAGGGAGCGCUGGAGGAGCGCCGCGGCAGCCGCAGCGCGCCCGCCCGCCCCGGCUGCCGCCCGCAGAAGAUGCACUUCAGCACCGUCACCAGGGACAUGGAAGCUAUCUCCAGCCCCUGGCUCACCCAGCUGUCCCAUUUUUGCGAUGUUGCAGCUUUCACGGCCAACAGCCUGAGCAGCCUGAACGCCUCCGGGGGGUACCACCUCUCCCCCUCCCCGGGGGACCCGUACGGACAGCAUGAGCCGCCGCACUACGAGCCCUGCACGGCUCAGCAGCACCCGCACCCGCCGCCCCAGCCCCAGCACGGCUACCCCUUCGGCGGGGCGGCGACGGCGACCGGGGCCAACCCGCCGCCCCCAGGCCCCGAGCCUCCCGAGGGCGCCGGGGGAGCCGCCGCGGGGCCGGCCGCCGUCUCGGGCUGCUCCGCGGGGGCGGCCGCCGCGGUCAAGGCGCCGGUUAAGAAGAACCCGAAGGUAGCCAACGUGAGCGUCCAGCUGGAGAUGAAGGCGCUGUGGGACGAGUUCAACCAGCUGGGCACCGAGAUGAUCGUCACCAAGGCCGGCAGGCGCAUGUUCCCCACCUUCCAGGUGAAGAUAUUCGGGAUGGACCCUAUGGCUGACUACAUGCUCCUCAUGGAUUUCGUCCCCGUGGAUGACAAGCGAUACCGGUACGCCUUCCACAGCUCCUCCUGGCUGGUGGCCGGCAAAGCCGACCCCGCCACCCCCGGGAGGGUGCAUUACCACCCGGACUCCCCGGCGAAAGGGGCGCAGUGGAUGAAGCAGAUCGUUUCCUUCGAUAAGCUCAAACUGACCAACAAUUUGCUGGAUGACAACGGGCAUAUCAUUUUGAACUCCAUGCACAGAUACCAGCCGCGUUUUCACGUGGUCUACGUGGACCCCCGGAAAGACAGCGAGAAAUACGCGGAGGAGAACUUCAAAACCUUCGUCUUCGAGGAGACGCGCUUCACGGCCGUGACCGCCUACCAGAACCACCGGAUCACGCAGCUGAAGAUUGCCAGCAAUCCUUUCGCCAAGGGAUUCAGAGACUGUGACCCUGAGGACUGGCCCAGGAAUCACAGGCCAGGGGCCCUUCCUCUCAUGAGUGCUUUUGCCAGAUCCCGGAAUCCAGUCUCUUCCCCAGCCCACCAGAACGGGACAGAGAAAGAUGCUGCCGAGAGCCGGCGGGAGUACGAGCGGGAGGCGGCCGGCGGGACGCCGCUGCACGCCGAGGCCGCGCACCAGCAGCUCAUGUCCCGCGUCCUCAGCCCCGCGCUGCCGGGCGGCGGCGGCGGCGGCGGCGGCCUGGUGCCGUUGGGCGGCGCGGGCGGCGGCCGGCCCAGCCCGCCCCACCACGAACUGCGCCUGGAGCCCGCCGCCUCGGAGCCCCUCCACCACCACCCCUACAAGUACCCGCCGGCGGCGGCCGCCGCCUACGACCACUACCUGGGGGCGAAGAGCCGGCCCGCCCCCUACCCCCUCCCCGGCAUCCGCGGGCACAGCUACCACCACCACCACCACCACCACCACCACAUGAACGCGGCGGCCGCGGCGGCGGCGGCGGCGGCCGCCAACAUGUACUCGUCGGCCGGCGCGCCCGCCAACUACGACUACGGGCCCAGAUAACGGCGCCGCGCGCGCCCCGCGGAGCCGCCGACGGCGCGAGAGACUGGCGGCGGCGGCCGCGCGUGCCGCGACCGUUACCGUCCUUCCCCCCUUCCCGCCUUUCCCUCUCUUCCCGCCUUACGAGUGAGCUGAUAGGCCAGCUUGACCUGAUCGACAAUCGGAGAGCCCAAUCGCAGGAAGCCGGGGCCCCCCCCAUCCCGCUCCCCACCCGUCGGCGGGCCGUGAGGGCGGGCGGCGGCGGAGGUGGGGUGCGGGCGGGGGGGUGCAGGAGGCUGGCCGGGGCGCGCCGGGCGCUUCUCAUCGCGGUGUGACCCGCAGCUGCACUUUGAUAAACGAAGCCAUAUGUGGUUAUCUCCCUUCUCCCUAUCCCCGCGCCUCCGUUCUCGCGGAUGCCUCGCGAGUGCGCCGGGCACCGAAGACCGUAGGGCCGCUGGGAAGCGGCGGGAGGACGGGGAAGCGGCCGCGGUGAGGUGACUUGCCCCCUUCUCACUCGCCCGCCGGGUUGUCUGAUGGAGAUUUGGUGUUGCCGCCAGUUUUGGCGUUGCCACGGGUGUUUCCCAGCCCAGCGGGAUGUGUAACGUUAGCGCCGAGCAGGGAGGGCUGCGGGGCUGGCAGUGAGCACCAGCGGACACCAGCCCCCGGCAGUGGCGGGCCCCCCGGGGAUGGAGUGUAAUUCUGCACGUGUCGACGUAAGUCUCUCUUUUACCUCGGGCACGCAUGGCUUCCCUCACGGUUGGUUCAGGUGGUUCUUUGAGGAGACUGUCAGAGGAAGUAGGGUUUAGCUUAAGGGAACGCUUUGAAUCUUCACUGUCAGAACAAAUUGUCCGCUUCUCCUCUGGUCCUGACCUGCUUGUGAGUUUUGGGGUUCAUUGGGGCGGCUUAACCACAACAGCAUUUUCUGGAGCUGUUGAGAAGAGCCCAUGGCCAAGAGCACAGCCAUGUACAGCUUCUUGUUUUCACAACGAUGGAUGCUAAGGUUUAAAAACCAGCCUCGGGGUGGGGGGAAUACCUGCAGAAUUUAGGCUAUGUAUUCUCAGCAAUAGUUUGUGAACUGGCUGCUUCCCAGACAGCCUCACAGUACUGCCUUCCUACAUCCUUUUCCGAGCUCUUGAUGCUCUCCAGUUGAGAGGUGCCUUUUAGAGGAACUUCAGGGUUUUUUUUCCCAGAAUGCCUCACCCCUUAUAUUUGGCUGACCCAAACUGCAGUAGUCCCAAAGCACCUAUUCUGCACCUACCUGCUUGCUGCAUCUUCCCUCUUAAAGCUGGUAAGUACUUUUUUCUUUUUUUUCCUUUAAUAUCUUCCUUCAGUAGUCUUUCCUUAUUGUUGAAAAGAUGGGCCUGUUCAUCACAGUUUCUCCAGUGAUGUGUUUUGAGUAGCUGGCUUGUGUUUUUUGUCAGAUGUUCACCGAACGGCAGUCCCUUUGUGUUCAGAGAAGGUAUAGAACAGCUCCUCAGCUGUGUUGGUAUACAGUAUUAUGAACACUUUUCUGAUUCUUCCACGUGACUCUAUGAAAAGAAGGGGUUUUUUUGGUUUUGGUUUUUUUUUUUGAAGCCCUCUAUUCAUCCAUGUUUGUGCAUUUUCCCUACAAACCUUUUAAAACAUAAUCUUUCCCUUGUGCAGGUGGCAGUGUUAAUAGCAAUGUUUAUUCCGUCUUUGGCAGUGGGCUUUGGGCUUCGGGCUUCCAAAACUUUUUGGAAGGGUUUAAGAAGGGAUACAGGCUAACAUGAAUAUUUUAUGUAAUUUUUUUUUCUGUUAUAAAAAAAUAUAUCUGGAUCCAUGAAAAAGACUUGUGCAAGAAAUAUGUAUUUUAUUUGACAUUUGCAGUGAAUUGUGAGAUUCCUAGUAUCUGCCUAAACCAUAACUACUGUUCUCAGAAAGGUUGAUGUAAAAUAGCCUUGUGUUUAUUACUAGUCAGUGGGAAAUGGCUCUCGGAUGUGCUCUGUUGCUUUGCCGCUGUUAUAUCAGAGUUUUCAGUAUGAUUUGUUAUCUGUAAACUGAUUAGUGCCAAAGCUUUGGUCAAACGUUUAAUGAAGUUCUUAUAUUUAUUAUUUCCUUCAAAGAUUAUACAAAUGCUUUUUUUUUUCUUGAUAGUUGCAGUGUAGGAAAAAAGUGAAGACAACCAAAGAAUCAUAUCUGCAAACAGUGUAGAUACAUGUAGAUAUUUGUAGAUAUUUGUAGAUAAUCUUAUUUCAUUUAAAUUGAAAAGACAUUGGACAGUGACAUUUAUAAAUGUUUUUCCUCUUC